GUAAUAAAACAUUGUCGAUGGUCUUGCUGUUACGAUUGCAAUUAUACGUGUUUUAGUUUCCUAUCAGUAUCAUUGUUACUAAUGGCAAUGCUACUUAUUGCUUAAGCCUUAAUGUACAUUUAUUGACUGUACGAGUGUUAUACGAUAAAGCUAAUUUCCAUUGCUUUUUACAGAUUUCAAUUAAUGCUUAAUGUUGUUGAAAGUUUAUUAUCCAAGGAAGUUUUCACUGCUGACACCCAACUAGCGAUUGGUCCUGUUUACUAUAUCUCUCAACGCUUAUAUCUAUAUAUCUCUCAGCACUGCACACAAAGGCUGUCUUCACAAAGGCUGUCUUUCCGAGCCAAGGACCUUUUCUACUGCUAGCUAGCUAGCUAGCUAGCAUCACGCGUGUACUUGUCAACUAAUUCAAUGUCGAUUAGGCAGCAUCAAUAUAUCAUCUAGUUUUUCUUCACGACUUUUACUUAUCGUUUAUAUCCUUCACGAAAGAGCAAUCCAGCCACAAAGUUUGACAAUUUUGUUGUUGUUAAAAUUCGUGCUCUUCUUGUAUAGUAGUCUUGUAUAAUGUUUGUGGUAAUGCUAUUCAUCUCACACAAAAUUAUAUUGAACUCGCACAACAAGGGCCAAAAAACUGUCGUCAAAUAAAUACCAUCACAUAUGCGGAUUAUAUGUGCCACAUAAAGGCAUGGGAUGACUUUGUGGGUGUUGAAGCUACUAGUACUAGACUAAACGGGCUAACUUUUAUGUGCUCUUUUAUUUUAAACACUUUGUCGUGAAUAUAGUCGCUGUAAAAUAUACUCGGUCUUGGCUUAUCAUCUUGUUUUGGUUUAACUGUACAGCUCAGUUCAAAUCUAAUUAUCACGUUUAUGCAUAUGUUAGGUUUGAAUAUGCUUGCUUGAUAUCACUGACACUAUAGGUUCAGUACAAUUCGAGCUUUUCGCUUUCUCUGAAAUUUAUCAGCUUCAGUUUUUGAUGUGAGCCUGGAUUUCUACCGCAGGCAUCGACUUAUGUUUAUUGUUUAAUUAGGAACACUGUCACAAUUAUCUUCAACCAAUUUCAGUUGAUUGAUGAGUGAUGUAAAUGACAAGAAAUGACAAGUGGACAGGCCCCACAAUCAGAUGAAUUGUAUUAAUGACUGCUCAGUACUCGAUCAGCUAUACGUCAGUACCUAAACAGAACCCUGGGCCAUAUCUAGCUAGCUUAUCAACUUGAGUAGAUUGGAAUAGCUUUGAUAAGAUCCUUUAAACCACGUGAUGCUGCUGCCUUUACUUGCUUUUAUGUUAACUUGGGUGGACACUGAAUCAAACCAUUCUACGCCAAAAAAGGUCUACAGAUCGCCCUGGAACAAAGUGCUGGAAGACUGCCCGGAUCCCUCGUGUGCUGUGGUGUUUGAUGAAUACCUUUCUUACCUUCAAGUUAGAUUUGUGCCGGAAAGAGGGUUUGACCUAAUGAUGCGCAGAUAUAUGUGGCUUUACACAAUGGAGAUGAAGGAAGUGGGUAGGAUAAUAAUAAGCGAGCACGAGGGAUACUGGGUACAGAUCAACGCACAACCAGCUACCUGCGACAACGACAUCAAGUUCUCCAGUACAAACCUUACCAAUACCGAGGUGGACUUCAGAUAUAUCACCAUUAGAGUCACAGACAAUGGCGUGCAUAUAACAUUUCCCGAUAAUGGGACCUGGGCAGUGUGUGCAGAAUGGCGGAUACAGCGGAUAGGGUUCGAUAAUUUCUGGAAACUAGAUGCCAAAUAUUCCACCAUCUCUAAUGACACCAACACAGAUUUCUGUGCAGCAGAGUAUAAUAACGGAACUGAAUCCACCGACACGCCUUACUGCACUGAUGAGGGGUUUUGCAAGGGUUAUCAGAUGGAAAACAUGUGUGACAAGAUUGAUAAUUCUUCUUACUGCAAGAGCAGCAAUAUAGAGCACACGGUCUCGUGUAACAGCACGACUCAUUGCAUAGCUCCUAAUUGGGUUUGUAAUGGAUACGAGGACUGUUCCAACGGCGAGGAUGAACUGGACUGUCCUUCAGCAGAGGAGAAAAGAUGUAAAGGACAACUAUUGGACGAUGGCACCUGCUGGAUCCCUCAAAGUUCAGCGAAGAAGAGACUGGUUAACGGAGGCUUCAUAGCUAUUAUUAGUUUCAUCUGUUUGAGGACUAUAUAAAAAUGAAAAUCGAAUAUUUUCAAGAACAAACAUCAUUUUUGAUAUCAUAUUUUAUAAAAUAAUUUUUAAAACACUUGAAUCUUAAACCC